AUGCCUGGUGGGUACAAAGGAGAAUGUGGGGAUGAUGUGGACCCUAUGCCCUUUCUGGCACCUCCUGAGAAGGAGAGGAUUGAAGCCAUGAACAAGCCCUAUGACAUAAAGAGGUCCUGCUGGGUCAAAGAUGAGAAGGAGGGCUUCAUUGCUGGAGAGAUCCAGUCUGAACAGGGAGACCAAGUCACUGUGAAGACAAUCACCAACCAGACAUUAACUAUGAAGAAAGAUGACAUCCAGCAGAUGAACCCACCCAAAUUCUACCAGGCCAGUGACAUGGCAGACAUGACAUUCCUGAAUGAGGCCAGCGUCCUGGACAAUCUGCGCCAACGCUAUACCAACAUGAGGAUCUAUACCUACUCGGGCUUGUUCUGUGUGACAGUCAACCCCUAUAGGUGGCUACCCAUCUAUGGGGCCCGUGUGGCCAACAUGUACAAGGGCAAGAAACGUACGGAGAUGCCGCCACACCUCUUCUCCAUCUCUGACAACGCCUACCACGACAUGCUCAUGGAUCGUGAAAAUCAGUCUAUGCUAAUCACUGGAGAAUCUGGUGCUGGCAAGACUGAGAACACGAAGAAGGUCAUCCAGUAUUUUGCCAACAUCGGAGGAACUGGCAAGCAGUCCUCGGAUAAGAAGGGGUCCCUGGAGGAUCAAAUCAUCCAGGCAAACCCUGUGCUGGAGGCCUUCGGAAAUGCCAAGACCACCAGGAACAACAACUCCUCUCGCUUCGGCAAGUUCAUCCGAAUCCACUUUGGAACCACAGGCAAACUGGCUGGAGCCGACAUCGAGAGCUAUCUCUUAGAGAAAUCCCGUGUCAUCUCACAGCAAGCAGCUGAGAGAGGCUACCAUAUUUUCUACCAGAUCCUCUCUAACAAGAAGCCUGAGCUUGUUGAAAGUUUACUGCUGGUCCCCAACCCUAAGGAGUACCACUGGGUGAGCCAGGGUGUCACCGUGGUAGAUAACAUGGACGACGGGGAGGAGCUGCAGAUCACAGAUGUUGCCUUUGAUGUGCUAGGCUUCAGUGCUGAGGAGAAGAUUGGUGUCUAUAAGCUGACUGGGGGCAUCAUGCACUUUGGAAACAUGAAGUUCAAGCAGAAACCCAGAGAAGAGCAAGCUGAAGUGGACACCACCGAGGUGGCUGACAAAGUCGCCCAUCUCAUGGGUCUCAAUUCCGGUGAACUCCAAAAGGGUAUCACCAGGCCUCGAGUCAAAGUAGGCAAUGAAUUCGUGCAAAAGGGCCAGAAUAUGGAACAGUGCAACAACUCAAUCGGUGCUCUGGGCAAAGCCGUCUAUGACAAGAUGUUCAAGUGGCUGGUGGUGAGGAUUAACAAAACCUUGGACACCAAGAUGCAGCGGCAGUUCUUCAUUGGAGUACUGGACAUUGCUGGCUUCGAGAUCUUUGAGUUCAACAGCUUUGAGCAGCUAUGCAUCAAUUUCACCAAUGAGAAGCUGCAGCAGUUCUUCAACCACCACAUGUUCGUGCUGGAGCAGGAAGAGUACAAGAGGGAGGGCAUAGAGUGGGUCUUCAUUGACUUUGGUCUUGACCUGCAGGCCUGCAUCGACCUCCUGGAAAAGCCCAUGGGCAUCUUCUCUAUCUUGGAGGAACAGUGCGUCUUCCCCAAAGCCACAGAUGCCACGUUCAAGGCAGCCCUGUAUGACAACCACUUGGGCAAAUCUAGCAACUUCCUCAAGCCCAAAGGGGGCAAGGGGAAGGGACCUGAGGCCCACUUCGAGCUCGUCCACUAUGCAGGCACCGUGGGUUACAAUAUCACAGGCUGGCUGGAGAAGAACAAAGACCCCUUAAAUGAAACAGUGGUGGGCUUGUUCCAGAAAUCAACCCUCGGAAUCUUGGCCCUUCUCUUCAAAGAAGAGGAGGCUCCAGCUGGAAGCAAGAAGCAGAAGAGAGGAUCUUCCUUCAUGACAGUUUCCAAUUUCUACAGGGAGCAGCUGAAUAAGCUGAUGACUACCCUACACAGCACUGCCCCCCAUUUUGUCCGCUGUAUCGUCCCCAAUGAGUUUAAACAAUCAGGUGUGGUAGAUGCCCACCUGAUUAUGCACCAGCUGGCUUGCAACGGUGUCCUGGAAGGCAUUCGUAUUUGCAGGAAGGGCUUCCCAAACAGGCUGCAGUAUCCAGAGUUCAAACAGAGGUACCAAGUACUGAACCCUAACGUGAUUCCCCAGGGCUUUGUGGACAACAAGAAAGCUUCAGAGCUGCUCCUUGGGUCCAUUGAUUUGGACGUGAAUGAUUACAAAAUCGGACAUACCAAGGUGUUCUUUCGCGCUGGCAUUCUGGCCAAGCUCGAGGACAUGAGGGACGAGCGUCUGGCCAAGAUCAUGACGAUGCUUCAGUGUCGGCUCCGGGGAUUCCUCAUGAGGGUUGAGUUCAAGAAGAUGCUUGAACGAAGAAUAGGCCUGAAAGUCAUUCAGCGGAACGUGCGCAAGUUCCUGCAGCUGCGUUUCUGGGGCUGGUGGAAGCUCUACAACAAGGUCAAGCCACUCCUGAAUGUGGCUCGGCAAGAGGAGGAGAUGAAGGCCAAAGAGGAGGAACUGAGGAGUGCCAUGGCCAAGACACAAGAACUGAUAAACAAAGUCAAAGAACUGGAGGAGAAGACAGCCACGCUCAGUCAGGAGAAGAAUGAUCUCACCAUCCAACUACAGGCCGAGCAAGAGAAUCUGAUGGAUGCAGAAGAGCGGCUGACCCAAAUGAUGAAGACCAAGAUGGAGCUGGAGAGCCAGAUCUCAGAUAUGCGGGAGCGGCUGGAGGAGGAGGAAGGAACGGCAGCCUCGCUGAGUGCCACCAAGCGCAAGCUGGAGGGGGAGCUGAGUGACCUGAAGCGGGACCUGGAGGGUCUAGAAACCACACUGGCCAAGACAGAAAAGGAGAAGCAGGCCUUGGAUCACAAAGUUCGCACCCUGACUGGGGACCUCUCACUCCGUGAAGACUCCAUUGCCAAGCUCCAGAAGGAGAAGCGGGCUCUGGAGGAGUUACACCAGAAAACCCUGGAUGACCUGCAAGCUGAGGAGGACAAAGUGAACCACCUGACCAAGAGCAACAGCAAGCUUAGCACCCAGAUCCAUGAGCUGGAGGAUAACUGGGAACAGGAAAAGAAAAUCCGGGCAGAGGUGGAAAAGGCUCGUCGGAAAGCUGAGAGUGACUUAAAGAUGACCAUCGACAACCUUAAUGAGAUGGAACGUUCCAAGCUAGAUCUCGAGGAGGUGGUGAAAAAGAGGGAUAUGGAAAUAAAUUCUGUCAACUCUAAAUAUGAAGAUGAGCAGUCUCUAAAUUCAACACUGCAGCGGAAACUAAAGGAACAUCAGGCCCGAAUCGAAGAGCUGGAGGAAGAGCUAGAAGCUGAGAGGGCAAUGAGAGCCAAGGUGGAGAAACAACGCAGUGACCUGUCCCGGGACCUCGAAGACCUUAGUGACCGACUGGAAGAAGCUGGUGGAGCCACAUCUGCUCAGAUUGAGCAGAACCGCAAGCGGGAGGCUGAGCUGCUGAAGCUGCGUCGAGAACUGGAGGAGGCGGCCCUGCAGAGUGAGGCAACAGCCUCCACACUGCGUAAAAAGCACACAGACUCCAUGGCUGAGCUGACUGAGCACGUGGAGAACCUGCAGAGGGUCAAGUCCAAGCUGGAAAAGGACAAGCAAGUCAUGAAAGCUGAGAUCGAUGACCUCAACGCCAGCGUGGAGACAGCGCAGAAGUCUAAGAUGAACGCGGAGGCCCACAUCAGAAAGCUGGAAGACAGCUUAUCAGAAGCUAAUGCUAAAGUGGCAGAGCUGGAGCGAAACCAGGCAGAAAUCAAUGCCAUAAGGACCCGCCUCCAAGCUGAAAAUAGUGAACUGAGCCGAGAAUAUGAAGAAUCCCAGAGUAGGCUCAAUCAAAUCCUACGAAUAAAGACAUCUCUGACAUCACAAGUAGAUGACUACAAGAGGCAGCUGGAUGAAGAGUCAAAGUCUCGCAGUGCAGCUGUGGUGAGUCUUGCCAACACCAAGCAUGACCUAGACCUGCUGAAGGAGCAGCUGGAGGAAGAGCAGGGAGGCAAGUCAGAGCUGCAGCGCCUUGUGUCCAAACUCAACACCGAGGUGACCACCUGGAGGACCAAGUAUGAGACUGAUGCCAUCCAGAGGACUGAGGAGCUGGAGGAGACCAAGAGGAAGCUGGCCGCCAGGCUCCAGGAAGCAGAAGAGGCAGCUGAAGCUGCCCAAGCCCGGGCAGCUUCUCUUGAGAAAAAUAAACAGAGACUCCAAGCAGAAGUGGAGGAUCUCACCAUUGACUUGGAGAAGGCCAAUGCUGCAGCUGCUGCCCUGGACAAGAAGCAACGAGUCUUUGACAAGAUGCUGGCCGAGUGGCAGCAAAAGUGUGAGGAGCUGCAGGUAGAGGUGGACAGCGCACAGAAGGAGUGCCGCAUGUACAUGACAGAGAGCUUCAAGAUCAAGACUGCCUACGAGGAGUCCCUGGAGCACCUUGAGUCAGUGAAGAAGGAAAAUAAGACCCUGCAGGAGGAGAUAAAGGAACUCAUUGAUCAGCUGGGUGAAGGAGGACGGAGUGUGCAUGAGCUGCAGAAGUUGAAGAAAAAAUUGGAGAUUGAGAAGGAAGAACUCCAGGUGGCCCUGGAAGAAGCUGAGUCAUCCCUAGAGGUUGAAGAGAGCAAGGUGAUCCGAAUUCAGUUGGAACUGGCUCAGGUUAAAGCUGACAUUGACCGGAGAAUCCAUGAGAAAGAAGAGGAAUUUGAAGCUACAAGGAAGAACCACCAGCGGGCAAUCGAGUCCUUGCAGGCCAGCCUGGAGGCAGAAGCCAAGGGCCGAGCAGAGGCACUGCGGCUCAAGAAGAAAAUGGAGACAGACCUGAAUGAAAUGGAAAUCCAGUUGGACCAUGCCAACAAGAACAACAGUGAACUUGUGAAGACUCUGAAAAGGCUUCAACAGCAAAUUAAGGACCUGCAGGUCCAGAUGGAUGAGGAUGCCCGGCAGCACGAGGAGCUACGAGAGCAAUACAACCUACAGGAGAGACGCCUGAGCCUGCUGCAGACAGAACUGGAGGAGGUGCGCUCAAGCCUGGAAGGCAGCGAGCGCUCUCGCAAGCUGCUGGAGCAAGAGGUGGUAGAAAUCACUGAGAGGCACAACGAGGUCAACAUCCAGAACCAAAGCCUCCUAGUGGUCAAGCGUAAACUGGAGUCAGAUGUCCAGCGCAUCUCCAAUGAGCAUGAGGAGCUUAUCAGUGAGUUUCGUUCAGCCGAUGAGAGAGCCAAGAAAGCCAUGACAGAUGCUGCCCGCAUGGCAGAAGAACUCCGGCAAGAGCAGGACCACUGCAUGCACUUGGAGAAAAUCAAGAAGAACUAUGAAGUCACCAUCAAGGACCUGCAGGCCAAGAUGGAAGAGGCCGAGCAGCUGGCUCUGAAAGGAGGGAAGCGUACAAUCAUGAAGCUGGAAACCAGGAUCAAGGAACUUGAGACAGAGCUCGAUGGUGAGCAGAAACGUCAUGUGGAGACAGUCAAGAUAUUGCGCAAGAAUGAGCGCCGCCUCAAAGAGUUGGUCUUCCAGACAGAGGAGGACCACAAAACUAACCAGCGCAUGCAGGAGCUGGUGGAGAAGCUGCAGAACAAGCUUAAAGUUUACAAGCGGCAGAUUGAAGAGGCGGAAGAGCAGGCCAACCAGACCUUGGCUCGAUACAGAAAGACAGUGCACGAACUGGAUGAUGCUGAGGAGCGGGCCGGCAUGGCGGAGACUGCCCUGAACAAGCUGCGCACCAGACACCGCGUGGCUGGCAAGGGCAUUACUUCUGUGGAGAUCAUCCAGGUGUCCAAGACGGGCUCCUCCAAAACGCUUUCUGAGGAGUGAGGUCCUCCGUAUCCUACGUCACAGCCAGGUGAUACAGAUCUCAACAGCAGUCCAUUGAGAGGAAGGAAAUAUGAAAAUGAAAAAUAUGCUCUAUCCUUAGAAUGUUUACUAUGCAAAGGAAGUGCAAGCCAGAAAGAGACAGGUGCUGAAGAACAAAGAUAGCCUUGAGUGGAAAAGAGUUUGGGUUAUCCUCAGCUCAUUAAAAAUGUUAGAGGGAUCAAAAUUAGUGUGGCUUUUCUUAGACUGCAUUAAGCAUUUGGAUGACAGUAACAAUGGGUCUGUUUUAGCUGAGAUCCUACAUGUUCAUGUCAAGGACGGAAUAUGUAAUAUCUGUAACCAGGCUGUUCUCUAGAAAGAAUUCCUCAUGUCAACAAUU